AACAUAAAUUUUUUCCAAAAAAUAGAUUAUUAUACUCCUAACAGAAAAUGAGACUUGUCUUCUCACCAAUUUUAACUUCCACUAAUGAAACAUCGCCGCAUGUACGGCUUUACCCCACUACGGAGACCAUCUCUUUCGACCGUUCAAACCUCUCUAUAAAAAAAGAACACUCGUCCCUACGUCUCUAAGAAUCCCUCAAACCUCAAAACAACCAUUAAGAAAAAUGGUACUCCAGAAUCUUUUAUGGUUUAAUAAUCCAAGAUUAGGUCUAACCUCCCUCCUAAUCUUCCAUCUCCUCUUCCUCCAUUCAGCCGCUGACAACCCCAUCCUCCAACCCAGAAAGGCAAACUGUACGGGCCUAUCCUACACCCAAAACAGCCCCUUCGCCACGAGCCUCGCUGCCGUCCUCUCCUCCCUCACCGCCAAGUCGUCGUCAUCCAACUCCGCCACCUUCAACGUUACAACCAAAAACAGUUCGGACCUUGUAUACGGUCUUUUCAUGUGUCAAGGCGACCUUGCCAGCUCAGACUGCCAGACAUGUGUCAGGGCUGCUGCCACUGCAAUCACCACCAACAGCUGUUCAACAUCACGUCAGGCCGUCAUCUGGUAUGAUAGCUGCGAACUCCGUUACUCCGACUUCAACUUCUUCGGCAUCCCCGACACAGCUGGAUUUAGCAUGAGCAAUCCCAGCCAAAAGACGAGCUCUCAAGAGCCGUUUGCAGUUGUGGCUGACCUCGUGAAGACCGCACCGCUCAACAAACCGCUAAUGUUUGCCUCGAAGGCGUUGGUGAACGACGACAGUAUUUAUGCGCUCGCUCAGUGCAGUGAUGACCUUAGCAUCGAUGGCUGCAAAGAGUGCCUGACAACGAUAUUGGCUGAUAUCAAGAAUUGCUGCACGCAAUGGAGGGGGUGGCGGUACUUGGCGACUAGCUGCUGGGUGAGGUACGAGUCCACACCUUUCCUUAAAAACUUGAAUGGAACUCCCACAGUGAUCACUGAGCAUAGCUGUUCAGACUCGAUUUUCCCAUCAAAUAGUCUUGCAAUAGUCGAAUCAAAUCUCAACAAUCUUCUGCAAAAUCUGACAACCAAAGCUCAGACGAGCGGUUUCUAUAAUACCACUGUUGGAGAGAACCCAGACCAGUUCUACGGCCUAGCCCUCUGCCGGGGGGACCUCACCCCACCUAGUAACGAUUGCAAUACAUGUCUCGCCAAUGCUAGGCGCACCAUAAUAGGAGACUGCCCGAAUAACACACAAGGGAUCAAAUGGUACGAGAAAUGCCUCAUGAGAUAUUCCAACAGCAACUUCUUCGGGGUGGUGGAUUUGGCUGGGCAGUCAAGCUGCCAGUGA